AUGCUGUUGAGUAUCAGCUUUGCGCUUGGCAUAAUUCUGCGUCCAGUUCACGUACUGAUCCAUCAAAAGAUCAUUACAAAAGUAGCAAUCGUGGAUCGAAGGUAUGGGAAGAGGCCCUUUUCAUCCAAUGAAUCGGAGGAGAAAGAGGAUAUUAAUGAAUCUAUUUUCCCUAUUUAUUCAGCUCGAUCUCAACAUGACAUGUCUGCUAUGGUUUCUGUUCUCUCUCAAGUUAUUGGCAACACAAAUAAUAGUAAUAAUACUAUGAAUAUCUCUUCGUCAUCGUCCGUGCAUGGAAUUAAUCCAUUAACCCUACCUCAAUCAACAACAAAUCAAAUUCAAGAACAAGGGAACCAACAAAGAAAACGACAUUAUAGAGGAGUGCGACAAAGACCAUGGGGAAAAUGGGCUGCUGAAAUACGCGAUCCAAAGAAGGCUGCACGAGUAUGGCUAGGGACAUUUGAUACUGCUGAAGCCGCGGCACUUGCUUAUGAUGAAGCGGCACUUAGAUUCAAAGGCAACAAAGCUAAACUCAAUUUUCCUGAAAGAGUUCAAUCAGGAAAUACUCAAUAUCUUACUACAACUCAUCAACAACAACAAUUAGUGGAUCAUCAACAACAACAACAACACUACUCGUUUAAUAAUAAUAAUAAUAAUAUUCCUCAGAUGGUCACUCAGCCUAAUUUGUAUCAACAACAUUUCCCUAAUGUUCAUCACUAUGCACAAUUACUUCGCGAUGGAAGCAACAAUAAUAUUGAUCAUAUGAUGAAUUUUGGGGUUUCAGAUCAAUCAAAUUUAUAUCAUCAUCAUCAUCAACAAUCAUCAUCAUUAUCAGGAGGUAACUUUGUUACACCAAAUACGUCGUUGGAAUUACAACAACAACAACAACAACAACAAGCAAGUUAUUAUCAUAAUCAAGAAGAAGAUUUUCUAAGAUUUACAAUGGAUUUUGGGAAUUCUUCAAGUUAUAGUACUGGACCACCUAGUGAAAGUAAUUGGAUGGAUUUUGAACCUAAAAAGUAAUUUAUUUAUCUUUAAAUUUGGUCAUGUGAAGACAUGAAGGUAUGAUCUUGAGGAU